GACAAGUGCGUCAGGUGUCAUUAUGUGUCAUGCAGGUGCAUACAAACAGUAGACGCGAGACGUGCGAGUUCCAGACAGGUGCAAACAGUUAAGUGGGAAAUAUGGCUGUAAGCAUACACAAAAUCAAGAAGAAGUUCUUCCCGAAUCCAUUUCCUAAUUUCUCCACGGAAAAUGCGAAGGAUGUUAUCUUCGGUGAUACGGUUAGAGAUAAUUCAAUUAUAAAAACGAGCAUCGAGGAGAAAUGGUGCAAAACCAAAGAUAGAAUUAGACAUGAACUGAAGCACAACGAUCUAACCGUGUACACGGGCACUGCGGGUAUUGCGUUGUUGUACCUGAGGAAAGCUCCGAAUGAUUUGGAAAACUUAAAAGAAGUCAGAAGUUUCUUGAAAACGAAUUCGAUCAAAUCGAAACGUCGUUUAACAUUUCUGUGCGGAGAUGGUGGUCCUCUCACCAUCGGCGCUGUGGUUUGCCAUAGAUUGGGGGAGCAGAACGAGUGCAAGUGUCUGAUUAAGAGUCUGCUCUCUCUGAAAGCGGAUGCGAUCAAUUCCAAAUCCGAUUUGCCUAGUGAAUACAUGUACGGCAGGACAGGAUACCUGUACUGCCUUCUUUAUUUGAACAAGCACAUCUCGCCGCCUCCGAUCGAAGGACCCACCAUCAGGAAUGUUAUUGAGGCUAUACUGAAGAUCGGCCAAAGGUACUCGAAGGAUGGCAACCACAAAUGUCCGUUGAUGUACGAGUGGCAUGGGAGUAAUUACUUGGGAGCCGCGCACGGUUUGACCGGCAUCGUUUAUUUGUUGCUUCAAGCCAAAGAACAUCUGAAGGAAAUUGAACUUAGCGACAUCGUCAGACCUACCGUCGAUUAUCUGGCCACCUUACAGUACCCCAGCGGCAACUAUCCUUCAUCCCUGGAAUCUCAAAGUGGAGACAAGUAUGUGCAAUGGUGCCACGGGGCUCCAGGCUUCGUUUACAUGUUCAGCGCCGCAUAUAAGGUUUUCCAGGAUCCGCACUACUUGGAACUGGCUUUAAUGGCUGGUGACAUAGUUUGGCAACGGGGGUUACUGCACAAGGGCUACAGCCUCUGCCACGGUGUUUCUGGCAACGCCUAUUGCUUCCUACAACUUUAUCAAACUACAAAGGAUUUGAAACAUCUUUACCGAGCUCUGAAGUUCUGCGAAUGGUGCAUCAAUUACACCAAGGAGCACGAGGAAUACACGCCGGAUCGGCCGGUGUCUUUGUUUGAAGGAAUCUCUGGACCCAUGUACCUAUUGCUGGACAUACAGAACCCAAUGGAGGCCAAAUUUCCGGGAUACACCCUAUAAAUUGUAUCUCGCACUCAAUCUAAACAAUAAGAAUACUCGUAUUUAUGAAAGGAACGGCGAAAAAUGAGAAAAGAUAAUAUUGUUUUGAUAUAAAUUUCGUUUAAAGCCUGAUCGAUGAUUAAUGUUGCACAUUUUCAAAGUUGUAUUUGUGCACGUAGGCAAUAUUAAAUUAUUUAAAUAUGAAUUCGUUCGCUCGCGAAAAGUAUGAAUUUCUGGUGCUCAUUCUUCAAAUCUCACAGAUGGUAAGUAACAUUAUGCGUGGUCAAUGUCUUACAAUGACAUAGUCUUGAAUUUUCAAUGGUGUUAGAUAAUUGACGACGUUUUCGGUGUAAUUUUCUUAUAAAGUCUGAUUAAUUAUAUAUUAUUGUUAAAU